GCACCAUGACACUGGCAGCUAGCCUAGCCAGCUAACUUGGCUAAUCUGAUUUAUCGUCUACGUUAAGCGCACCUAACGUUAGCUAGGAUUACCAAUUUUAGUCUUCCGUAUCAAUCCUUUAACGCAGCGUCCACCUGACAUCAAAAAGACUCUCACUUAAGUGAUGGCAUCGCUUGGGGAGCCUGUGCGGUUGGAAAGAGAUAUUAACCGUGCUAUUGAAUUGCUUGAUAAGCUCCAGAGAACAGGGGAAGUUCCUCCUCAAAAGCUGCAAGCGCUGCAGAGGGUCUUACAGAGUGAAUUCUGUAAUGCUGUCCGAGAGGUUUAUGAGCAUGUGUAUGAAACGGUUGACAUCAACAGCAGUCCUGAGGUCAGAGCCAAUGCCACAGCUAAGGCUACUGUGGCAGCUUUUGCAGCAAGUGAAGGACACUCGCAUCCACGUGUUGUAGAACUACCCAAGACAGAGGAAGGCCUGGGUUUCAAUAUAAUGGGUGGAAAGGAGCAAAAUUCACCUAUUUACAUCUCAAGGAUCAUCCCAGGUGGCAUUGCUGACCGACAUGGAGGCCUGAAGAGAGGCGACCAGCUUCUUUCAGUUAAUGGAGUGAGUGUGGAAGGCGAGCACCAUGAGAAAGCUGUGGAACUCCUCAAAGCAGCUCAGGGCACAGUUAAGCUGGUCGUAAGGUACACCCCCAAAGUCCUAGAGGAAAUGGAGUCACGCUUUGAGAAAAUGAGGUCGGCGAAGCGCCGACAACAGAACAACUAUCCCCAAUAGGAUUUUUCCAUUUUGAUGCCCAGCUCCCUUGUCUCUCCUCCGCUAGCCUUCUGGCCAUCUGUUCUGGUCUAUUUCUUAUCUCCCUGCCCAAAAAGUGUAACAAACAACCUAAGUUUAGUUGUAGUUCAUACUCACACACACUGUAUAUUGUGCUUCUAUCAUUUUUAAUACUUACCAUUGUUACUGUACUGGAUGCUUCUGCUCUAGGAGAAAACACUAGAAUAACCAUGAUUGUCAGUGUAGGUGUUCACUCACACCCUGUGCAUUAUUUUUCAAUUGACAAUUUGAAUGCAAUUUUGGAGACUAACUACACACCUCCUUUUAGUGGGAAGGUAGUGUUUUUAAUUCUUUUAUCACAGCCACUACCAAGUGCCUCAGGGCAAACAAGUUUAUCUUAUGUACUGUGUUCAUGAUUCUUUGUUUAUGUUUCUUUUAAUGGAUUAAGGCAAGUAGUGGUAAUUAAAUACAUAAGGCAGGAAUCGCUACAUGCUUUCCAUCUUUUCAUCUCAAAAAUCAUUUUGUUUGAUAUACAUACAUGUUAAACCCCUUUAACUGUGCAAAGUUAAAUCACUCAUUUUUUAUUCUUAUUGCCACUCUACAAACAUCAGAUCAGAAACAGUUGUAUCUCUGAUAAUAAGGGAAACCAGUAGAAGAAUGCUUUAGAGAAAGUUAAGCUUGCUGUUGGUUUUCUAAGAUUAUAGCUGGAUUUCCCCCAGUGUUUUGUAACAUCAUGCCACACUAUAAAAAGCUCAUUCUGUUCUGUGCAGUUUGAGCUAUAACUGAUGUAUUGGGGACUCGGCAACACUUAAGCUAAAGUCUUUUAACCACUGAGGCUCAUAUUUUUUGCAGAUAUCAAAACAAGAAGCCUUCUUAAACAAAAAGUCUACAUUUAGAAUAAAAUAAGAUAAAACAUGUACACAUUCAGUUUAAUUUGUCCCGACAUAAAUCAUAAAUGUACUUUUAAGUCAUGGUUUUCUUUCUGCAGCUACAGUACUGGUACAAACUGAGAGAUGAGUUACUCAACUCUCUUCUCUGAUCUUUACUAAAAUCUGCUUCUUAGGAUCAUUUACAUCAGUUAGUAAAAGCUGAAAGUAAGCAAUUCAUUGAAGACACAAUUUCUGAUGUGUGUUUGCAUCACUGUCUAGACAAAUCAAACAGCCAACACUGAUCCACACUGUUGAGAAAAGGUGCUGUAAAUCCAUUGCAAUGGUUUGAUCAUUUUUGUUAUUUUUUGUCCAGCUAUAACAUUAAGUCACUCAGUGUUUUGCAAAACACAAAGCAUGUUUCAAGUGAUACAUUUAUAGCAUUUUGACGUUAAAUCUUUGUGGUCACCAAUGUCUUUCGGUGAGUCUCAGAUGAUGGAACACACUAAGAUGUAUGGUCGAAGUUAUGCUCAUUUCACACUCAAAGAUAUUUCAGUUAUAUAGUUGAACAUUGAGUUGGAACUUUUUUUUUAACCUGUCAGAUUUGUGUGAUACCUACAAAGUUGUUUUAUUAUUCCUAACUUUCCUUUAUUCCUUUGCUCAAUCAAGGCAAACUAUUUCAGACAACAAAAAUAAGAGAUUAUAACUAAACAUGUCAUUAAUGCAACACAGUCAUUUCAUUCUGAUUUGAGCUUUGACACAGUUUACAGUCAAAAUAAUUUUAAAUACACAACUUCAAAAUUUUAAUUUCCACACUUUACACUAGAAGGAAACCUUUGUAUCUGGAAAUAAACUGGGAUUUCCUUAGGUUUUGUACUUCUAGGCAUGUGUGCGAUAUGGCAAUCACACAAGACCUUCAGUCAUGGCUUCUUCAAAAUUAUUUUCAGAUACUUAAAAAAAAAAGUGUGUACUCAGAAACUCUGCUUGCUUUCCCAGUAAAUACAGUUUAUGACACUUAUUACCGAUUGUCCAGUCUUUGGGUGUGUAAAGAUACAAAACCUCCCAGAACGAAUCUGUAGUUUAUUUUAGAUAUUUAUUUAUACAAGUGUUUAUCUUCAUUUUAGAUGCAAUAUCAUGUAUAUAGCAUAUGUAAACUAGGGUCUAGAUGAGCAAGCCAUACUGUUUGUCCGGUCUCAGGAUCAACACAUUACAAAAGUCAUACUGGAGGUAGUGAUGUGUAUACAGUUCUCAUUUAUUUAAGAAACUCAAUGAAGUGGUGGGUAAAGUAACAGAAACAUUGCAGUACGUUGAAGCAUUUUGCUUUGAAAUAGUGUCAUGAAGGCACUGUUUAAUUGCGUAAGAGAGUUUACAGGUUUUCAUGGACUAGUCGGUCAUGAGUACUAGAUAUGUGAAUUUUGCUGCAGUCGUCUGUGUUGGCUCAUUAGAUAGUUGUACGCUUCCAGUGACCAUUUCAUGUAAAACUGGGUCACCAAUUGUCUGUGGUAUUUUCAUGGAUGUAGCUGCUUUGUUAUGUAGUUACUCUAAAUUUAGCACAUUUUCAUUUACUGGAUUUGUUAUUUUACCCACCACCCUGUUGUGUAUACAUCCAGUACAAAGAAGGGAAUAAUUUGCUCCAAAAAUGGUAAAAGGUUAGUUCGUUAAUGUCUUUGGCUGAAGAGAAUGUAUACCGGAUGUGUCAAAAUGUUCUUGUGUGCUGUAAAAACAGGCCUAUAACAGAAAAGUAUGGAUUACUAAAUACAUCACUAAAACACUUUGUAGUAGGGGUGUAACGGUACAGAAAAAUUUCAGUUCGGUAUGUUUUUGGUACAGGGUCUUCAGUUCGAAACAUUUUCUCUACAUUUUCGGUGCUGUGAAGGACACCAAUUUCACAAAUUUGACGUGUUACCAGAAAUGCAAACGAUUUUCAUGGAACAAUGCCAACACACCGCUCUUGUUUUGCCGACUUGUCUCUGUCCAUUGACGUAACUGACUAGGAAUCCCAUAUGCUCCCAAAUCAGAGACCUUAGAGAAGACAGAGGGUCUUCCAACUCUGGCUUUGUACCUGUGACACUGCUCUGAGCUGCCAUGCUGGCUCACAUUCACCAUGUGUAUGGUGCGUGUAUCACUUAGACGUCCGUCUAGGAUAUCAAAUAUUGCACAUGGGUUCUGCUUGCGGCCACCCUGCUCAUAGUGUGUGCAUUUUGCUUUAAGGUUCAUGUGGAAACUUAAGGUGAGUGUUUGCGUUCUUCACAUAGGCUACAUAUAUUAGUUCAGAACACCUUUGUAUUGUAUUGAAGGCCCUGAACCGAAAUGGUUCAGUGCAGUCAAGUGCACCGCUACACCCCUACGCUGUAAAGCACAAAAAUCUAUAUCUUUUCAAAAGGAGUGAAAUGAAAGGCUUUUGUUGAUUUUGGAGAAUGAGUUGAUGGUGAUAAUAUUCCGUUUAUCACAUUUUUCUUCAGUUUGUAAUUGUCUCCACAUUGUGUCAUUGCUGUCCAUGUUAACACAAACUUUCCUAUUCCUCCAAAUGUCAGAAUUAUCCCCAACAACGAGAUUAUCUUUACUCAAGCAAGAGACAGAUAUAAUUAAUUUGUACAAAUUUGUAUGUCAUUGCAAGAAAUCUGAUGAUGUGUGCAGGGCACAUUCAACACGUGCCAUGUUUUCCUGUAUUCUUGGCAACAACAACAAAAAAAUGCAGAAUUUUUGACAGGAUUAAAUAACACACAGCACUGCAAAAACUAUUUGCAACUCAAUUAUCUAUGCAAGUUGUUUGAAAAACCUUUACAAAAUGGCUGGCAUUUCAUUGAUGAAUGUUUUAACUGGAAAUUUCUACUUUUGGGCAGUGUGAAAAAAUGCAAUAUGACAUGUUCAACAACUUUGUGGCAUCACUGUAGUCAGACACAGUUAUAUCCUGUUAGUUUUAGAAUUGUUUUCAUAUCGGUCACUACUCAGUGGCUGCAGUUCGGAUUUCAAAGUGGUACUAGUCUGUCUUACUAAAGAUUGUCGGGAUGCAUGUAGAGGCAAAGGCUGAUGGGAAAGUGUGGUUAGAAAGGGACCAUUCCUUAGGUUACUUAGAGCAUACUUUGGUUUUAUAAGCUGAUGAUUUAGCAGAAGUGAUGGGCUGUAUAUAAAAGAAGAAAUGUCUUAAUAAUGUAUAGUUUGUAAAUUGUGUUUUAUCAACCUUCAGCGCUUUAGAGUCACUGCUCACACAUUCACACUCGCAGAAACACACACGUACGGUGUGUGAGAAUGGCAAGCUCUCCACUGAAUGUCACUCACCUUCGUCUGAAUUAGUUGCUAAACUUUGUGACGUACUCUUCAACUUUCUACCUUGUGUUUCUUGUCUAUAUAUUGGAAUGGUCGAUAGAGUAUUUUUUAUAUUAGUUUUCUUUUGAUAUUUUCUCAAUUUUUAUAAGUGAUUUUCCUAAAAAAUAAACUCCAGGAAUGACUGGUACGUCAAUUUUGAUUAAGUACCAACGGCCAUAUCAGCAAAGCUUCUGAGAAAAGCAGCACUGAUUUAAGAUGGAUGUACGAACAUUUGGAAUAUGAAGAUGAAUGGCUUAGAUAUGUGCUUUUCUGAGAUCUAAGCAGAUUAUUCUUUUUCGUACCAAGACCAAACUUGCGACAUUUGUGAAAAUUUUGAUAAUAUUUUGAAAUGUUUAGUGCUUGUUUAGGAUUCUUAGCUCUCAGCCGUGUUGUUUUAUUUUUGGUUUUCUGGUUUGCUGUCUUAUUUACUGUGUUACAUUAAUGUGGAAUGUAAAAUGUUGUGAUGUAGAACAUAAAUCACACCGAGGCUUAAAUAAACUGCUUGAAAUGA